UGAUCCCAGUGCAGACAGCGGAGCAGUGACACACACAUACACACACACACACACGCGCACACACACCCGGAAGGCUCGACAGGCAGUGUGAGAGGGCAGCAUGAACCGCUUUAAGACCUCCAAAUUCAAAAACACCACUCCGAAAAUCCCCAAGAAAGAUGAGUGGAUCAACAAUGUCCGGGCCGGGUCCUUCUCCUCCCAGGGGAACCACAUCAAAGCCAGCUCCAAGCUUGUGGCCUUCAACACCGAUCAGGCUGGUGGAGGUUUGCUGGGCCUGUCUUCAGUCAAACCUGGUGCAGAUGGCCAAUGGACAGUCGCUCAGAUUUCCUGCCACUCUGAUUUAAUAACUGAUAUGGACUUUUCUCCUUUCGAUGAGAAUCUGCUGGCAACAUGUUCCGGAGAUGAAAUGGUGAAGCUGUGGCGUCUGUGUGAUCCAGAGCUGGAGCAGCCCAGCAGCCCAGAGCUGACCCUGCAUCCAGGGCAGGGCAGGCUGGAGCUGGUGCUCUUCCACCCCACGUCCUCUGGCUUACUGGCUGUCGGCAGCGCCAAGUCUCCUCUGAUCUGGGACACCAGCCGCCCGGACGCACCCUUAGCAGUUCUGGAGCAGCACGGUGACCAACUGCAGAGUCUGAGCUGGAAACGGGACGGCUCUCUGCUGGCCUCCUCCUGCAAGGACAAGAUGUUGCGGGUUUUUGAUCCCAGAGCCCAGCUGACACCUGUUCAGAGUGCCAAGAGUCUCCAGAGCAACAAGGAUUCACGCGUCCUGUGGGCCAAAGACGACUUUUUACUGACCACCGGCUUUGAUAUGAGCCGGAGCCGAGAGGUGAGGCUUUGGGACAGCAGGAAGCUGAGCUCUUCUGUUGGCUAUGCAUCACUCGGCAAUUCCAGCGGAACGCUGAUCCCUCUGUUUGAUGAAGACACUGGUUUGCUCGUACUGGCCGGACUGGGAGACACGGUGAUGGAUUGCUUCGAAGUCUCUUCCUCGGAGCCGUUCCUCUCUCCAGUGAGCCACUGCCUGGUGGAUAACCCGACGCGAGGCGCUGCCGUGGUUCCCAAACUGUCGUUGGAUGUGAUGUCCUGCGAAGUGAUGCGUGUGCUGCAGCUGACGGACGGCUGCAUUGUGCCAGUCAGCUACCAAGUCCCUCGCAAGCGUUCGGGCCAGGAGUUUCAUGACGACCUUUUCCCAGACACAGGGGGUGCUACUCCCUCCAUGUCUGCAGAGGAGUGGUGGCAGGGAGGGAACAAGCAGGUGGAGAAGGUCAGCAUCAACCCAGACCGACAGCCCAAAUCAAAGGCUUCAACGGUGAAACAGACGCCUGCAAAGAAGGAGGUGGUCAGUGUGGGGAGCAAAGAGGAUCCGGCUCGUGGCUGCUCCACCUCCAGUAGUCCUCUGACUACUCCCAGCAGCAGCGCAGAGCCGUCCCGCUCUCCCUCCUCCAACUCCGGCCUCUCCUCAGGCUUCCUCCCCAGCCCCAGUGCCAACCAGAGUGCCAAGGCCAUCCAGAGCCUGAUGGGGCCAACCUCCAAGUUCCGCCACAUCCAGGGUGCGGUGAUGCACCGGGACACGCACAUCACCAACAUACGUGGUCUCAACCUGACCACACCGGGCGAGUGUGACGGAUUCUGUGUCAACCGCCAACGCUUGGCAGUGCCCCUCGCCAUCUCCGGGGGCCAGAUCGCCAUCUUUGAGCGCUCUCAGCCUGGCAGGCAGCCGGACACCAAUCUGCCCACCAUCCAGAACUCUGUGAAUGUGGCCGACUUCUCUUGGGACCCCUUUGACACACACAGGCUUGUUGUAGCUGGUGAUGAUGCUAAGAUCCGGGUGUGGCAGGUACCAGAGGGAGGACUGAAGGAGACCCUGACUGAGCCGGAGCUCAUCUUGCAAGGCCACACAGAGAAGAUUUACUCAAUCAAGUGCCACCCUCUGGCCAGUGGCCUCCUGGUGUCGUCAUCCUAUGAUCUCACGGUCAGACUGUGGAACCUGGAGAGCGGAGAGCAGGUCAAAAUCCUCACCGGACACCAGGAACAGGUUUUCAGUAUGGCGUGGAGCCCAGACGGGAAGCUCCUGGCCACAGUGUGUAAAGAUGGGAAAGUUCGUAUAUAUGACCCUCGCAAGUCCACUGCACCUGUGCAGGAAGGUCCAGGCCCCGACGGCCCCAGGGGAGCUCGUAUACUGUGGGUGUGCGAGGGCAAGUACCUGCUGGUGUCAGGAUUUGACAGCCGCAGUGAUAGACUUCUCUGCCUGUACUCCGCUGACUCCUUGUCCUCCGGAGCCAUCGCCAGCACCCAAGUAGACAUCUCCCCCUCCACGCUCAUCCCCUUCUAUGACCCCGACAACAGCGUGGUCAUCCUCACUGGAAAGGGUGAUACUCGAGUGCACGUUUAUGAGAUCGUCACUGAAGAGCCGUACUUUAUGGAAUGCAGCAGCUUUAUGUCUCCAGAGCCGCUGAAGGGAUUGGCCUUUCUCCCAAAGACGGAGUGCAGUGUGCGUGAGGUGGAGAUAGCUGUAGGUCUAAUGCUCACCAAGACAGCUGUAGAGCCCGUCGCCUUCAGAGUGCCGCGGGUCAAGAAAGAGUUUUUCCAGGAUGAUGUGUUCCCUGACACGGCAGAAUGUUGGAAACCGGCCCUGACUGCCUCUGCCUGGCUGUCCGGCUCCAACGGCAAACACAACAAGAUCAGCCUGAAGCCCAAAGACAUGACACCAGUGAGCGAAGCCCCCAAAGAGGCUCCGGUGAGGAAAUACAUGCCCUCGUCUUUCUACCUGGAGGAGAAGACGGAUGAACAGAAGAAAGACGAGCUGCUCAGUGCCAUGGUGGCCAAGUUGGGGAACAUGGACGAACCGCUGCCACAGGAGUCGUUCGAGGGGGUUGACGAGGACGAGUGGGAUGACUAUUGAUUGGUUCAAUCAAGGUUCCCACAAACGGCGUGGAGGGACCAGUCUUGUGCAGCAGUGCCAUCCAGAACGCCUCAGCCUACCGCACAAAUAACAAAAUACUGCACAAUGUGAACAAAUCUUCAGCCAAGUCGACCAAUUAAAAAACCUCCUGACAGGAUCACUGUAUGUAUCACAAUAUCCGUUCAGGUUUGAAACAAUUUAAAUGUCACACUAUGUAGCUGAUGUUGAUCAUAUCAAACUUACUGAAAUGUGAUAUGCCAAUAAUUGUCAUCGGGGAUUAUUAGAUAUUACAAAAAUCACUCUGGGAUGAAUUUGAUUUAUAAUAGCUUUCCAAUGAUUAUGUAAACUCCAAAAUUAUGUCACACUGUUAUUGAUAUUUAGCGGGGGGUUGUUUUGUUUUGUGGGAUUAAUAGAAAUCAUGUGUCAGAAAAGCGCAAACAUAUUUCUGGUCAGUGCAAGGUGACUUCAUAGCAAUAAUACUUCUGCUUUACGCUACACUAGUUAACUCUCAGUAAAUGAAAACCAUAGACUGUAAAUAAAGAUGGAUCCCGUGUUUCCACUUCCUUCCACUAUAAAAAAUGAGGCCAAAAUAUCCCAGAGAGCAACACUCCCAUCUUGGGCAUUUGGUGGCAGCAGGAUCCAGGCGAUACACAAGCUCGACCAAUCACGAGUCUCAGUUAUCAAUCGUGACUUUUCAGCAUGUUUUUUUAUCAUCAUAUCACAACAGACAAAUGAGAACUUGAAGAUACAUCAGUGUGAUAAGAACUACUUACGACGUAGACUAUUUAGUUUAAUCCAUGUCCCAUUCAUCAACAUGGAGGAGGUUGGAUUCAGGACCUAUACUGCAGCUGACCACCGGGUGGCGUUCCAGACAUUUUGGCUUCAUGUCGUCCAUCUUCUUAUACAGACUAUGGACUACAAACAAUGAUAUUAAAAUAAUUAAUCGAUUAAUUAAUAAUUGCGGAGUAUUUUAUUCUUGCUCCUGUUUGUGUCUGUGGUAAGUGGCCAUGUUUUAAGCAUGAUAACACAUUCUCAGUCGUCUAGAUAUAAAUAACAAUGGCGCCCUCUUGUGUGAGGACACCCCGUGUAUCUUGUACAACCUCGUAAUCUUUGUGGACAUUUGCCUCCACGGUGGACCACUCGCUUGCUUCUUCUCGUCCCAAUGUGUCUAUAAAAAAAUGUAAUGGUGCAAAAAAAAAGGUUUAAUGAGGAAGUAAUAUGUGAGCAUCUCAAAAACACCUUGUCUUCCUGUUGAGUCAGGUCACACACACACACAGACACAUUAUUACUGUAACAUGCUCAAGCCUUCAACAGCAAAAACCCCACAGGGGAAACAACAGGGUCCCCAGUGCUCAUGUUUGACCAUGAACUGGAAUUUCUACGUUCACAUUCACGUUUCCUUGUUAGCCAAUGUUGACAUAAAUAUGUGAUACUGUAUUUUUGCCAGUUGGAUUUAAAUGUUUUGCCUUCCAGAAAUAGUGUUAUGUAUAAGUAAGGGUUAAAGGUAAAUAAAAAAUGAAAUGUUGUUCUGCAUUGAAGCCAAACCACCUCCUUUUUUAUAAUUCUUUUCUUUUUUCCUCUGGAUGGUGGCGUUUUUUAAUCAAAUCUUUCUCUUUGGAAUUCUGUUCGUUAUUCCUCUCAGAAUUAGCUCUUCUUCUUAUCUUGGUAGCAAGUAAUCAUGGUGUUUAAUAAACAAUGACAUUACAGUAUUGAUAACUUAUACAGCCAUAACAGCCAUCGUGUUAUUUCUAAUCAGGGCUACAGCAAUAUCGUCAAUAAUCCAGACGGAGUUUGUUUACCACCUCUGAUGGACCGAAGUAACCCGACCAGUUCAGCCACGCGUGAUCGUGCACAUCAUGUUAUACACGUGAACUGCAGGUGUUGUCAGUGCUUGUGUAGUUGUAAACUGUGUGUGCUCGUGUUAUUUGGGCUGGUUUUACUUGCAUUCCAUUGUGUUUCAAACAAUCUUCCUUUUUAUACAGUGAGUGAAGGGGUGUUGUUGUUUUUUUUGUAUCACUUGAGUAAAGGUUUGUGUUUUUUUUCCAAUGUUGUCUUUCAAUAAACACCUUUUGCAAUCAUU